AUGUUGGAAGCGGGUGGAACCACCAGUGGAGGAAUACAAAAAAUCACGCAAAUUACUGAUAUUGGAUCAAUAAGCGGAGUAACCAUAAACACAAUCGAGGUUUCCUGGAAUUGGGACCUUUCAACCUCAAUCGAACCCGUCAAUAAUGCCGACGGCUCUGUGGUUGAGCCGUCCACCGAGAGUACUACUCUGCAGCAAGUCGGAGGACUAACGUCGACAGGAGCAGCGGUGCCAGGAGAGACAGCGUUGCAGAAAGAAACCAGCUCUAUAAUUGGCACAAUAUCUCAAGUUGGUAUAUCCAUAUCGACGUCCAAGCAAUUGGCGUUGACCAGCAUCACCACAAAUUCUGGUGGAACAACAGCAGCCCAGCCAAUUGCUGGUGGUUUGGUCCUCAGCACAACAACAGCCACAGGCACCCCCUCAGCCGUUGGUGUAACGACAAAGGCGUUGACGAUUACAACAACGCCAGCAGGAGCCACAAAACAAGCAUACACAGCUACGACGAUCAAAGGUUUUGCCGCGUCACUGACUUCAACAGCAAUCUUGACGUCCAUCAAUAAAGGGACGAGCGUCACUAUUAGCACCUUAAAACAAACUACCACUACAACAACAAGGCCAACCUCGACGUCAACCUCCACAACAACAACAACAACAACAACUACAACAACAACUACAACAACAACCACAACUUUGAGGCCUCCGUGUUUACCAUAUGGUUGCAGUGUGAAUACUGAAAAUCUCAAUGCAAAUGGAAUAGUGGAUACUACUAAACUUGUCGAUGCCAAAUCCCAACAAGCUUGUGACAGACUAUAUGUUUUCAGCGCAGCCCUGCGAAACUGGACUUCUGCGGCAAGCUACUGUUGUUCACUUGGGAUGCAGAUGCUUAGCAUUGAAACGAAGGAAGAAUUGAUUUGUAUUUCCGACCUAAUCAAUAGCAUUGAUGGUGCUGGUCUACCUGGAGAAUACUUCACUUCAGGGUCUGACUAUCAGAUCUCCAACAAAUUCAUUUGGUGCACUUCUAACUUCACGUCACUUGGGACGAAUAUUUAUUGGUCCACGGGAGAGCCAAGCUUUACAAGUUUUCAAGGCGCAGAGGAAGAUUGCGUUUCGGUUCAGCUGAAUGCUGGACAACCGAAAAGAAUUACUUUGAAAGAUGUUGAAUGCACUGCCAGUAAAUAUGUCAUCUGCGAGGUGCCUGUUCCAACCACCACCAAGCCUCCGUGUUUAGCUUACACCUGUGCCAAAGACACAAAAAUUCUUGACGCUGAUGAUUUAAUCUUGUCUAAUGUGAGCCUUCCUGGAUUUCUUCGAAUAGCUUGUGGGAGGAUGUACUUCUUCAGCACCGCAGCUACUGACUGGGCUACUGGGGCGAUGGAAUGUUGCAAAAUGAACAUGUAUUUAGUGGCACUGGAAACUGCUGCUGAAAAAGCUUGUUUGGACAAUGUAUUCACAAUAAAAAACUACGGUGUAGGCCUGAACAUUAACUUCUGGACUGGUCUGAGUGAUCAGAACCACGAGGGGCUAUUUACAUGGUGCACUUCCCCCAGGGGCGGAAGUGUGGUUAACAGCCAAUUUUUCCCUUCUCCGCAACCAGACAACGCGGGAGGUGGAGAAAAUUGCGCACAUGCUUAUUUCCCUAAUAAUGGACCGGUCAGUAACUAUAACGACGCCGCUUGCACUGCCAAUGCUAGAUAUGUCUGCGAGACAGCCGCUCCAGAUUGCUCCUUUCCCCAGUGCCCGCAGUACACCUGCACGAGGGACUCUGCCAAGGUGGCUCUUUCAAAAGCGUGGAAAUCAGGACCAAACGGUAUCUUCAGGAACUCAUGUGGGCAACAGUACUUUUUCAGUUCUGCAAUUGUCACCUUUGCUGACGCACUUGCAGAGUGCUGCAAGUAUGGCUUAAAACUCGCCAGCUUUGAAAGCAAAGAGGAAAUGGACUGCAUUUUUGACACAAAUAGCGCUGAAAUAAGGAUCUCAUCUGGCUACUGGACCUCAGGGACAAGUGCAGGUUUUGGCUGCGAAUUCACCCACGGCUGGUGCGGAAGCAAUAAGCUAGCCCAAAAUUUAACCUGGUCUCCAUCAGAGCCAAGCGAUCCUUUAGGAGAAAGAUGCUUGGAGUACAUUUCAAGCACUGGCACCUUCAACGAUCUCCCCUGCGCAGCCAAUCGAACGUUUAUUUGCGAGGGAAAUGUUCCAGAGUGCACGCCAAGCUGUCCAGCCACGUGUGAAAAAAACCUAGCACUUUUCAACAGUGAGAACCGAUUGAUCAAAGUUGCCACUUACGGUACAUGGUACACAACUGCAGACACAACAUACCUUUUUGGCUCUAGCAAUGUGACGUUUGCUCAAGCGCACAGUGUUUGCUGCAGCAUUGGAAUGAAACUGGUUUCAAUCGACACAGUGGAAAAAAUGGAGUCUCUGAUUAAAAUAAAAAAUUCCAUUUUUCCCUGGACGCCGGAAUUACAUUUCUGGACGAGUGGAUCCUCAGCCGACUGCGAUUACCGCUUCAAGUGGUGUGGUUCGGGUGUUCGAUUUCACAGGAAUGACUCAAGAUGGCAAAUCCACAGCUUUUGCGCACCAGCUGAGCCAACCUGUAAUUCAGUUGCAUGCAGAGACGUUAAGUGUGACGUUGAUCCUACUAAAUAUUUGCAAUCAAUUGCUUGGAAGGAUAGCUCCGUUGGGGAAUUUAGGAGCGUUUGCGGCCGCCAGUACUAUCUGCACCGUGUCCCGGUAACAUACGACAGUGCCAGACUUUAUUGCUGCCAAAUGGGUCUAGAGCUUUUCUCCAUCGAAACAGUUGCAGAAUAUCAGUGUUUUGCAAAUAACCCCUUCAAUGUAGCAACGCCUUGUCUUGUUUGGACUUCUGGCUACUCAGACGGGAUCGGUUGCGAGAAAAACUGGGGCUGGUGUCCAUCGGGAAUAAAUAUGUCGAUCGGAGUUCCAUGGGCUGCCGGUGAGCCUAACAGCCUUUUGCCGACAGACAAAUGCUCCUUUAUACAAUUCAACACGGGAACGGUUCCUCUGUCCAUGUUCGACUACGAUUGUGAUUUAACGCGUUGGUUCAUUUGCGAGGGGGCAGUUCCAGAAUGCAAGCCAUCCUGUCCGGUUAAGUCGUGCUCAAAGGACUCAACUUUAUUCGAUACCAGCGGCAAAUUACUUUCCUCUAAUCAGUAUGGUGCUUGGAGAGACACUUGUGGGCGAAGAUAUUUAUUCAGCACAGCAAAGGCAGAUUAUGUCAGCGCUUAUAAAACAUGUUGCAGCCUUGGAAUGAAUUUGUUGACACUUGAGACGAAUGCUGAAAUCGAUUGCCUUACAACCCUUAAUGAUGCGGACAUGAAAUACAAUAAUGUCGAUUUUUUAACAAGUGCAAGUUCACUGGACUGUAAGAAUCGAUACGAGUUUUGCCUUGACACUGGAAUUGUUAUUACUUGCAAUGACACAAGAUGGAAUCCUGGAGAAUGCAACCCAGGAGAAACGACUCUAAUGUUGAAAUUGCGAGUUGGAAAUACUUCACGAUUUACAGAUUUGCUUCAAACUGCAUCGUUCAACUUUAUAUGCGAGGGACCUAUAGUGUAAUCAUCUGUAUGAAGAGGAAAAGGAAAAUCAAUAUUCACGUGUACUGCGUGAACAACUUUUUUAGCUUGAAUAUUACUAAGGGAAAGCUUAAGUAAAAUAUUGCACACAUGUUUGAAAAAAGAUUGACUUAAAUGCAUUUUCUUUCAAUAAAUUUGAAGAUUGAAUUAA